GUUGAGUUACACAAUCACAUUCUGAGACAGUGAUGGCUUUGUUUUCUUUCAAAUUCCUACUUCCUGAAACCUUGGCUGUUUAUGAGAAACAGUAUAUUUCAGGAAGGCUGUGCCAGAGUUAACUUUUUUUUUAGAAUUAAAUUUGCCGGUCUUAGAGCAUUCUUCCCCUUCCUCCGGAAAACAAAGUUCUUCUAAAUCAGGAAUAUAUUGAAAUCUAACGAACACAAAUUUUGGGUAAUUGAUCACUGUAGACCCAGGGACACCCAAUUCAUCGUCCAGGGAGGGUAAUCAUCAUGAAUAAUCAAAAGGCUGUAGCUGCGCUACUGCAAGAGUGCAAGGAAGUGCUGGACCAGCUCUUGUUGAAGGCGUCAGACAUGUCAGAGGAGGACAAGAGAGAGGACCAGCGGUGCAGAGCUUCACUCCCCAUCGAGUUAAGGACGCUGAUCCAGGAGGCAAAGGAAAUGAAGUGGCCCUUCGUGCCUGAAAAGUGGCAGUACAAACAAGCCGUGGGCCCAGAGGACAAAACAAACCUGCAGGAUGUGAUUGGCGCCGGGCUGCAUCAGUUACUGGCGUCCUUGAAAGAAUCCAUCCAAGCUCAGGACUGUGCUACUGCUGCAGCUAUUGUGUUCCUAAUGGACCGGUUCCUGUAUGGGCUCGAUGUCUCCAGCAAACUCCUACAGGUCGCCAAAGGCCUCCACAAGUUGCAGCCAGGAACACCAGUUGCACCACAGGUGGUUAUUCGCCAAGCCCGAAUCUCAGUCAACUCAGGGAAACUUUUAAAAGCAGAGUAUAUCCUAAGCAGUCUAAUAAGCAACAAUGGUGCAACAGGUACAUGGCUGUACAGAAAUGAAAGUGACAAGAUCCUGGUGCAGUCAGUCUGCAUACAGAUCAGAGGACAAAUUCUCCAAAAGCUAGGAAUGUGGUACGAAGCUGCGGAAUUAAUAUGGGCCUCAAUCACAGGAUAUUUGACACUUCCUCAGCCAGACAAAAAGGGUAUUUCCACAUCACUAGGUAUACUGGCUGAUAUCUUUGUUUCCAUGAGCAAGAAAGAUUAUGAAAAGUUUAAAAACAAUCCACAAAUUAACUUGGGCCUCCUGAAGGAGUUUGACCACCAUUUGCUGUCAGCAGCAGAAGCCUGCAAGUUGGCGGCUGCCUUCACUGCCUAUACACCCCUAUUCGUUCUCACCGCUGUGAAUAUCCGUGGCACGUGCUUAUUGUCUUACAUUAGUUCUGAUGACUGUCCCCCAGAAAUGAAAAAAUUUUAUCUGUGUGAAGCCAAAGAGGCCUUUGAAAUUGGCCUCCUCACCAAGGGAGAUGAUGAACCAGUUUUUGGAAAACAGGAACUUCAUAGUUUUGUCAAAGCUGCUUUCUGUCUCACCACAGUGCACCGAAGACUCCAUGGAGAGACUGAGACAGUCCGUGCAGCAAGUCAGCUAUGUCGUGAAGCUAUGGGGAAGUUGUACACUUUCAGUACUUCAUCUGGGAGUCAGGACAGAGAAGCUCUGUCUCGGGAAAUCAUGUUUCUUAUCACCCAGGUGAAGGAUCAUUUACAAGUUCAAAGCUUCCCAAAUUUAGAUGGCAAGUCUUAUGUUCCAGAGAGUUUCAAGAGCUCGUUAGAUAAACUCCUUUUGCAUGAGCAGGUAGAUUUCCAAAAAAUCCUUGAAACCUUUUCACAGCACCAUACUUCAGUAUGUGAAGUAUUUGAAAACACUUGUGGAAACAACAAAAAUAAACCAAAAGAUACAGGAAUCUGUAUCACUGCUCUCAAAACAGAAACAAAAAACACAGAUACUGUGAGUACUACUGAAGACAAACCACAUUUUCAGAAAGGCAUGGCAAUGCCUUCCUCCCAAAUGGCCAGGAAUGGUCAGGAGAAACUCAGGGGUACAGGAAGGAAAAAUUGGAUCCAUUCUGAUGCAUUUCAUGUCUCUCAGGAUGAAGAUACAGAGACUGAGACUGAGCCACCAGGCCCCAGCAAUGGCAGGGGAGCUGUUCUGAACACAUCUCUGAAUGACAGCCAGAGUUCCAGUUCUUGGAGCAAGUUGUCAGGGUUCAGUUCUUCUACAAGCUGGGAAGAAGUAAAUUAUGUUGAUGAUUGGUCAGAUGGAAAAGAGUCUAACAAAGAAUAUCUUGUGGACACUCAGUGUUCUACUGCCCUGUCUGAUGAGCUGGGAAACAAUGGGGAAAACAGUGCUGUACAUUCAUUGUCUUCAGAUAUUCAUGAUCUCUCUUUCCAGGUGUCCAGGUUUGGCAAUGCAGAGUCUUCUCAAAGGCCACAACACAAGCACAUGCCCUUGACAACCUUCACUCCUCAUAACACAACAGGUACCUUUUCGACCUCUGGUGCAGAGCCAUUAGAAGGCGCCCCAGUGGAUAUCCAGGAAGUCAGAAAUAUAGGACCCAGAAAUGCUUCUGCUCAUUCCAGACCCUCAUGUCAUUCUGCUUUUUCGUCUUCUUCUGAUUGUCCACUGGCCCAAGUAGAGAAAACCUUUGAAAAAAUUACAGAAACCAACUGCAGUGCUGAAAACAGGCAUGGGGAAGAAAAGAGAGAAGAAAUUAAUAAAAGAGGCACAGGACCUAUAUUUAAAAAUAGCUCCUCCUGGAUUGACCCAGAAGGCGAAACAGCAGAAAGUACAGAAGAUGUGCCCUUAAACUCUCCUGUAGUCAUGGAUGAUUCUCUGGACAAUGGUUCCAUGAUGGCAGGUAGCUCUUUUACUCCUUGUUGGCCUGGCCAAAAUCAUGACCUAAGAAAUGGUGAUGGCUCAACCAAAGAGCAGGACAUCGACCCUGAUGCCCCUACAGAGGAUGAGGAGGGCCAACUGCUUGACAGCACGGAUGUUCACUCCACAAGUAGACAUGGUUCUCAUAGACCAUGUGCUCUGAGGCCAUCUCUUGGUCAGGGGGCUAAGACCCCCAAUUCCUCUGUAAGCAGUAACAUUCCUUUCCCUGUCCCCAGCAAGGACUGCACUACCACAGAGGAAGGAAAUGAACCUGGAAACAUACUAAACUGCAGCCAGAACUCCAGCUCAUCCUCAGUGUGGUGGUCUAGAUCAUCUGUGUUUUCCAGCGGUUCUUCUGAGGGGGACAGCCCAUGGUCCUACCUGAAUUCCAGUGGAAGUUCUUUUGUUUCAUUGCCAGGAAAGACAAGGCAAGAGGUCCUUGAGGCUCGCACCCUGGAGCCUGAUGACUUUGAAAAACUCUUGGCAGGAGUGAGGCAUGAUUGGUUGUUUCAGCGGCUGGAGAAUACAGGAGUUUUUAAGCCCAGUCAACUCCACCGAGCAUACAAUGCUCUUUUGUUAAAAUAUUCCAAGAAAUCUGAAUUGUGGACAGCCCAGGAAACUGCCGUAUAUUUUGGGGACUACCUGAAUGUGAAGAAGAAAGGAAAACAAAGAAAAGCUUUUUGGGUUCAUUAUCUUCAUCAGGAAGAAACUCUGGGGAGGUAUUACUUAAAACCAUCUAUAUCACUAAUGUGAAAUGGGCUAAUUUGUCUCUUCUGUUAACUAACCAUUCAUGAGCUGCUGAAAGGGCUGAAAAUAUUGGCCAAAAUAUAUGUCUUCAUAUUUCCUCUUCCUCCUCUUCAUUAACUGAUAAAUUUAUAAAACAGUUAUCAUGUAUUGAUAAUCCAUGUUAUGUUAGCUAUUGUACUGGAUGCUUUAUAAGCAUAAUAUCAAACCCAUCAAGGAAGCAUUAUUAACCCCAUUGUACAGAUUUUUUAAAAAUGGAGUUUCUGGUCAUAUGUCAGGACAAAGAUCUUUAAACACUCUUAAUAAAAAUGUGGACAAGAAGGCUAGUUAGACUAUGAAAGCCAUACUUUUAAGUAAAUGGGUGAGCCUGCAAAAAGGGUAGGAAAAUCUCCUGAAUCCAGGAAUGAAGCAUGUCUAGGGAUAUAAAUGAUUACUGAAGCUGUUGAACACCCUCCAGAGAAGUUUAGGGCAGGGAUAGGGGGAGGGAGCAGCUGAUGAUAAAACCUACACGUGAAAUAGAAUGAGUUUUAAGACCAUCCACAUAAAGCAAAGACCCAAGAAUAGCUGCAUCGUCAAAGAAAAGGUUAUCUUUAAAAAUCCUACCUCACUGUGGAAAAAGGCUGGACAUUUUUGUUUGGCCUUAUUUCUUGAUGAAAUCUGAUCUAAAAAAUUAGUGACCUUCAUUGGUUUGAGGUCUAAUUUUUAACAUUUGUUGUAUUUUAAAAGAUGUAUAAGCCAAAACUUUUAAAGUUGACUCUGUUAUCUACCCAAAUCAAAAUAAUAGUAAAAAAAAAGAAGGUGAAAGAGAGGGAAAUUGAGUGUCCUUUAAACAGUGAAAGUACAUUGUAAUUAGUAAAGUUUUCUUAAAAAGGUUGUUGAUAAUAAAAAAACAUGUAAAUGUAUUUACUAUGUGUCAGGCCCUGAUUUAAGUGAUUUAUAUACUAAUUCAACUAAUCCUCACAAAACCCUGUGAAACAGGUACUACAUCUCCAUCUUAAAGAGGAGGAAACUGAGGCACAUAGAUUUUAAGAAAUUUGCCCAAAAUCACACAGUCAACUGGUGGAAUCAGGAUAGGAGGAUAUGAGAUGGGAAAUAAAAGAAAAAAUAAGAGACAUGGAGGAUGGAGUGAGAGGAUUCAAAUAAUCUGAUCAGAAGAAAGUAAC